UGGCAAUAUUUUGAUGUCCUCGAUCUCAUGGUAGCAUGGUCUCGAAUUUUUUUUUUGGUAUUUAGGGCCUUACGGUUUUGGAUUUUUGGAUAAUAGGAACUAAACACGUUUUUGAUUAGAUAUUUGGAAAUUUUCAUGUUUUUGUAGAGAUAGACAGAUAGAGAAUGGUGCCAUUAUAGGGAGAUAAAAUUUAGGGAAAAUUAUUUGCAGUCUUACAGUAUAGAGAAAGUGAGAUAAGAUUCAGGAAAAUCAGUUUCAGUAUUAUAUUGAUUCUCUCUCAAGACCUAGGAUUUUACGUAUGUGUGCUCGAGGUCUUCAUUUGGGAGAAGGUUCGAUAUAUUCCUGUUUGGUUUUGUAAGGAGUCGUUCUUUUGCUUUUCUUGGGGAUUAUUUCGUGGAGUUUUGUGGAUUAGAAGCUUAUGAUUCUCGUUCUAUUACCUUGGUUUACGGAAUCUGGUUCCUGGUGAUUCUAACCGUGGAAAUUGUCAAUACAGAUGGUAUUGUUUCGAGAAGAUUGUUUCUGAAUUUGUUUUACUUUGAGCUUCAACCACCUAGAUGGCUAUGGUUGACGAUGUUGGAAAGUGUUUGUAACCUGGUGGAGCUUAGUUUAAAUUUCAUUAAUUCAUGUACAGAUUAUGCAUUUGUUGUAGCUAUUUGGAAUUUGCUAUAAUUUGGUUGGUCUAAUAAUGUCAUCCUUCAUUCCCCGUUGUCUCCAUGUGCUAACUUGGACUCUAUAAUAACUUCAGAAAAUGUGAGUUCUUGAUUUACUAUUUCGAUCUUGUUUUGAUUCUUUGCCGUUAUUAUUUUCUCCAAUAUUCAGAGAAUUUCGGAUGCAUGGUUUUGAAAUUAACAUUUUGAAAAUUGGCCAAAGAACCAGUCGUAUAAGCUUUUCAGAUGCAUGUGAUGAUUAUCACCCGAAAUGGCUGUUGAAAUGCUGUGGAAAUCCCAGGAUUUUUAUGUUUCUUGGCUAUACAUGCCUUUCCUUUUUUUGUUAUUUUAUUUAUUUGUAAAACAUGGGCUGGCCUUUAAUUAAUGAAUUUGUACGUGUAGAUCUUGAAACAUUUCUCUUGUAUCUGGCGAAUAUAACGUUAGUCAUUGUCUGAGUCCAUGUAUUGUUUUAUAUUAGUGGUUUAUUUUAACAUUGGCUUGUUAUUUUCUAAAUGAAUUUGCUUCUUGUACUUAUGUAAUUUGAUGUACUGAUGUAACUGAGGCUUGUUUCAUUUUAAUGCUUCAAGUAUAAUUUGCAGAAGAUUGAUGGUUACUUAGUCAUUCAAAUGAUUGAAAAUGAUUUUGUGCUUCUUGAUGUUCUUUUUUGUGUUUAUAACAUAACCAAUCGGGAGUGGAAGGUUUUCAAAUGCGUGGGAAGAUUAUUGCUGGAAAUGACUGCUUAAAAGCUGAGAAAAUCCCCAAGAUUUUUUCUUUGCUGGGCUACUUAUGCCUUUUCAUUUUUUUUUUUUUUUCAUUUUUUGGCAAAUAUUUCAUGAGCUUUUAAUUAGUGACCGUUGACUAUGUGUAGGAUAUGAAUUUAUCAAUUUUUUUUUUUUUUUGUGUAUUUUAUUUGGCAUAUAAAACAUAAGUCAUCACUUGAGUGGAUAUGUUGUUGUCUCUCAACGCGUUACAGGGACUUGUUAUCUUCUGAAUGAUUUGUUAUUCAGCCUUGGUACAGGGACUUGUAUUUUCUGAAUGAUUUGUUAUUAAGCUUUGAUGUGAAUUUUUCAGUCAAAUAAAUAAUUUCUAGAUAAUCGUGUCUUCUUGAGGAGCAUAGAGAUAAUUGUAUUUUGAUAAUGUGCCUUUUUAGGGGUGUAGGUAGUAAAUAACUCCUCUAGUAUUUAUUUUUCUUAAUUUUUGUCCCUUUUGUAUUUGUGAAAUAGUACAUAUGGAAAUUCAUGAAAAUCUGUUUGAUGACCAACGAUGGUUAUAGAGAUGCCUACAAAGAAUUCACAGAUCUUCAAAUUGAUUCCCGAACAGGAUUGUAAUUAAAAACAUAAAUCUUGGAUUUUAGAACAUUCACGUAUUUAAAAAUAUAAGGGUUUGGUUGGUUGGUGGAAGAAUCUACUACUAAAUUCACCGCUUCGACCAACUUUCGAAAGUCAUGGCUUCUAUGGAAUAGCAUGGAAGCUGCGGUUUCACCAUAUCAACACUUUUUAAUGCUAAUUUGGAAGCCGCGACUUCCAAAAACCAUGUAACACUUCUCGUUUAAAAAACACGGAAAUUUCUAUGGUGCUGCUAGAAGCCAUUGCUUCUUCGAUAUGUCAAACACAACCCAAGAUUCUGGAUUUCAGCCCACCCAAAAAAAAAAAAACCUUCUUCCUAGGAAGAAAAAGAUCAGGCCAUGAAGAAAAGAGUUUGACUAUAAAUACCAAAGCUUGCAACUUAUACGUGGUCGCAUUCAGCCUUGAUUUUGGAAAUCAAAGUCUCUGUGUUGGAUGCUACAGCAUUUGCAACACAGUUUUAUUUCUCAUCUAUUGUCACUGUUUUAGGGCUUUGAUUUUUUAAGCCUCUCAAGCUGAGUUUUGGGAUCUUGCAUCGCAGUAAUGGCUACUCGGCGAAAUAUCAGGUACUCACCUUUGCCCGAUGAUGAGAGAGAGGAUGAAGAUGACCAAGAUCUUAGAUUUUCAUACACUCCAAAGUCCACGAAGAGGAUUCCAUGGAAAUCAAUUGCCCUGGCACUCUUCCUUCUCUCUCUAGGAUGUGUUCUUCUCUUACUCUUCUACUUUGUGCACACUGGUCACAUGGGUGGCGAUCGAUCUCAAGCCUAUGGCUUGCUGGCUCUUGGAUUCCUUGCCUUUUUGCCUGGUUUUUAUGAGACCAGGAUAGCAUACUAUUCCUGGAGGGGCGCCAAAGGCUAUACGUUUUCGUCUAUCCCAGAUUAUUGAGAGUUUCUUAUCCUGUUAUGACAUAUCUUCCUGUUUUGGUAUGUAUGCUAACAAGUCUCUUUUUGGUUUGUUUCUGGCUCUGUGGAAUUUAUAUGAAAUUCUGUUUCUGUGGAUAUUGAUUGGAACACCGGUCGGAUGUUGACAAGAAUGCCUAUUUACUAAGCGGUGUAUGGUAUGUAAGCAUCGUUGGGUUUCACACUGGCAAUCAAAUGAAUUGGACAUUCCUAGAGAGGUCAAUAUUUAUGCUGAAGUAGUUUCAUAUGGUGCCACAAAUGAGUACUUGUGUCAUUUUUAGAGGGUUGAUGUACAUAAUGCCUUUUUAUGAAAUGCUUUUAAAGAAA